AAAUAUAUUUUCAUCUUUACACACAAAAUCAAGAUAAAUAAGAUGGAGAAAGGAAUUGUUUGUGUAACCGGGGGCAAUGGGUUUGUAGCAUCAUGGUUGAUCAAGAGGUUGCUUGAAGACGGAUAUUAUGUAAAUACUACCGUUAGAUCUCAUCCAGACUCAAAGAAAGAUGUAAGCUACCUCACAAACUUACCUAAGGCCACAGAGAAUCUAAAGAUUUUCGAUGCCGAUUUAAACAAGCCCGAGACCUUUGAGGCAGCAAUCAGAGGUUGCAUAGGUGUCUUUCAUGUCGCGCAUCCAACAUUAAGUAAUGAUAGCGUGGAAGUGUUGACCGAAAAAACAGUUAAGGGUGCUUUGGGUAUUUUACAAGCAUGUGUUGAUUCAAAGACGGUGAAGAAAGUUGUGUACACGUCUAGUAUAUCUGCAAUUAUGUUUAACGGGAAAAAACAUACUGAAGUUAUAGGCGAGGAAUCUUGGAGCGACAUUGAUUUUAUAAAUUCUCGUAUGGAAUUUGGAGCAUGGUAUCAUAUUUCCAAGACAAUGACCGAAAAAGCAAUUCUUGAGUUUGGCGAGAAAGAAGGAUUAGAUGUUGUGACGAUCCACCCCACGUUUGUUCAUGGUUCGUUUCUUGGCCCUGAGUGCCCAAAAUCUGUGCGCAACGUAAUGGCUAUGAUCUUUGGUGAUACUCACUUGUAUGCUAUGCUAGCGAGAGCGCCUUUUGUGCAUGUUGAUGAUGUAGCUAGCUCACACAUUCAUCUUUUUGAGCAUCCUAAUGCGGUAGGGAGAUAUAUUUGUUCGAAAACUGAAGUACCAAUUGAGGAAUUGUACAAACUAUUAUCAACCAAAUAUCCAGAAUAUGAAAUACCAAAUAUCGACAUUUUGAAGCCAGAGGACGCUGAGAAAAUGAUGUUCCCUAAAGUGUCAUCACAAAAACUCUUAGGCACUGGAUUCCAAUUCAAGUAUGGGAUUGAAGAAAUGUUUGAUGAUGCAAUUGAUUGUUGUAAACGAAACAAUAUAAUCUAGAUUAUAGAAACUUGUGUUUCAAUUUAAUAUGGUUAAGGUGAUACAUGUUUUUAAUUUUGUUACA